CAUUCGCAGUACAGUGGAACAGUUUCGUUCGAGAGACGCGUGACGCCAAACAACGAACCCGUGCGUUUUAUAUAAUUUUUUUUUAAAUUAAACGCGUAGCAAGCGAAUUCAUUCUUGUGAUUUAUAAGCCGGUUGUUCUAGUUAGUGACGACCCUUCUCGCUAUCCUUGUUGUUUACACGAAUAAAGUAAUAAAAGCGCAAUGGCCGAGACAAGGAGAGACAUCCCGAUCAAAAUGGGAGAUUUUAGCGUGAUCGACACCGAAUUCUCGAGUAUCCGGGAACGAUUCGACGCGGAAAUGCGGAAAAUGGAAGAGGAAAUGUCCAAGUUCCGGUCCGAGCUGAUGAACAGGGAAAAUAAGAAUUUUUUCAGUAGCACCACCAGGUCUUUCGAGUCCGAGGUGGUCCAGGACGGAGGGAGAGAUCGGAUGGCAUCGAGUAAAUCUUCGACCACUUCCAGCAGUACAACCACCCAAUCGUCAAACACAAGUAGCGAUUUGGCCCACAGGGGAGGCCCCCCUGCCGAAAUGACCACCUGGUACGACAAUUUGAACUCGCCCCUGAUCCAGAGCGACGGAAACGACAAGAGCUUGAAGUUGAGAUUCGACGUGAGCCAAUACGCACCGGAGGAAAUCGUCGUCAAGACCGUCGACAACAAAUUGCUGGUUCAUGCUAAACACGAGGAAAAAACCGAAUCGAAAUCGGUCUACAGGGAGUACAAUCGGGAAUUCCUUCUUCCGAAAGGUACCAAUCCCGAAUUGAUCAAAUCCUCCCUGAGUAAAGACGGAGUUUUGACCGUGGAGGCUCCGUUGCCGGCCAUCACCGCCGGCGAAAAACUGAUUCCAAUCCAACACUGAGUCUCCGUAAUAUUGUAUUUAUUAUUUACAAAGAAUUUAUAUUUUCAUUUAUUUAGAUUUUUGUUUGUUUUGUUUUGUUGUCGCCCUCUAUUUAGAAUACUCUUGACGUUAAUUUGUUGGUGAACGAUUUUUAGUUGUUACAUAAUUAAGAAUGUGGCUAAUUUAGUUCUAAAUUGCUUCACACCGGUAGUGUUAGCGCAUUUGUCUCUUUUUUUUUUUGUAAGUUAUUAUCGGUAAUAAAAUUAAAAAUGUAUUUUUAAGCAACAA